AUGGUUUUGUCUCGAAUUUGGAUUUGUAAUUCAUCUUAUCGUCAAGAUGUCUCAUCGGGAUCAAUUGUGAAGAGUUUAGGACAGUUCGGUACGGUUGAGGAUAUGACAGCCGAGAUUGAGGAGAGAAAGAGACUUUUGACACCGCCAAAGGUGGAGCCUAAUAAGAAAUUCAAACAAGAACAACAAGAACAACAACAACAACAACAAUCCAAGAAACUGAAAGUUAGAAAAUACAAGGCCAAAUCUACCGAUGCCACUAGUCCGCUUGGUGUUUUAGAGUACGAAAUUAGAUCUCUAUGCAAAGGUCAUGGUUUAGCUUUAGAAGAUAUUACAAACGACAUGAAGGGCAUAUUAAACAAUCGUGAAAUUGAGGAAAAAUAUCACAGAGUUGUUGAAAACGUUCACGUGUUGCAAUUGUUAUCAAAUGGAGACUCCAUUGCUAUAAUUUGUGGAGCAGAUUCCCAAGUCAAGGUCAAGAAACAAGUAGUAGUUAUACCCUUUGCUUUGCCGGGAGAUGUUGUUACUGUGAAGAUAUAUCGAACACAUCCGUUGUAUGCUGAAGCAGAUUUGCUAUCUGUACAAACACCAUCGAAAAUGAGAGAUGAUUCAUUGAUUCAAUGCAGAUACUUUGGAAAAUGCUCGGGGUGCCAAUUCCAAAAUAUUCUGUAUGAUGAUCAGCUCAAAAUCAAACGGAAAACGAUUCAAAAUGCAUAUACCCAUUUUGCACCGAUUUUAACGGAACAGAAUAAAUUACCCGAAAUUUUAGAAACACAACCAUCACCUUUACUUUAUAACUAUAGAACAAAACUCACUCCACAUUUCAACAUACCUACCAAAAAGAGUGGAGCAGAUUUAACGUUCAGACCAAAUUUUGGAUUCGGAGCAAAAGGUAGGCCGGCCUGGAGACAAAGUGAUUUUGGACCUACUGGAUCAAUCAUGGAUAUUGAAGAGUGUAGUAUUGGCACCCCCAUAGUAAACUUGGGGUUGAAAAAUGAGCGCAAAAAAUUGGAGACGACUUAUAAAACUUAUAAGAAGGGUGCUACGAUACUACUACGUGAAAAUACCAAGAUCAAAGAUGGCGAGAAAAUCGAAUUGGGAGAGGCAUCAAGAGAUUUUGAUGAUGGAACUGUUAGUCUGAUCGAAGUGGCAGCAGCAGCGGCUCAAAACGGGCUAGAACUAGUCAAAACUUGUGUUGUAGCACCAAGACAGAUUGUCCAGGAAAUAGUAGGAAUCUACAAAUUCGAAUUUUCAGCAGGUGAGUUUUUCCAAAACAAUAAUUCUAUAUUGCCUUUGGUGACAAGAUAUGUAAAAGAUAACUUAUUACACUCGCAACCAAAUUACCUUGUUGAUGCGUAUUGUGGUUCUGGAUUAUUUUCCAUUACUUGCUCAUCGAAUGUGACCAAAGUCAUUGGCGUAGAAGUUAGCGCAGAGUCGGUAAAGUUUGCCAAACACAAUGCCAUUUUGAAUAAUACUCAAAACACUAAAUUCAUUGUGGGGAAAGCAGAAGAGAUUUUUAAAGAUAUUGAUACUCCAUCAUCACAAACAUCUGUUAUUUUGGAUCCACCAAGAAAAGGGUGUGAUGAAGUUUUUUUGAAUCAGUUAAGUGCUUACAAACCUGCAAAAAUUGUUUACAUAUCCUGUAACGUUCACUCGCAAGCAAGAGAUAUUGAGUGGUUUUUAAAUAAUACUGAAAACGGUUCAAAAUAUGUAGUUGAAAGCAUCAAGGGCUUUGACUUUUUCCCACAGACUCAUCAUAUUGAAACUGUUACGGUUUUGUCAAUGGUGUAA